AUGGCUAAGGCGUUCUCCUUCGCUCAAGAAAUUAGCGAAUAUGUUAACGAUUUGGUGGAUUGUUUUAAUGAAAAGAUGUCUAAGAUUGAAUAUUUGGAACGUCGGACGGUCAUGUUGUAUCGAGAACGUUUUGAAAAACUUGCAGAACGCCGUCGUCUGGACAUGAAAGACAUGGCAGAGUUGGCCACUCAGCCUGCCGGUCAGCCAGCUCCCACAAAUCCUGAGGAAAAGAAGUUGUUUGAAAUCAGACGAAAACGUUGUUCCGAACGGGACGCCAGGCGCGUUCGCAGACAGCGCGCUCGUGAAUCCUCGAACGCCACGGCGUCUCUUCAGCCCCCUUCUUCCAUUGGACAUUUAGAUGGCACUAGUACUGAUGACGAAGAGUCCCAGGCUGUCAUAGCGAAACGGAAAGCCGACAUCGACGCUCUUUUGGUCGAUGCCGGGGCGCUGUUCGAUGACGUCGUGGAUGAUUUUUGCCAACUUCCUUUGAUCCUACACCGUUUUGCCGAUUGGCACUGCAACUUCCCCGAGACGUACACCGACGAGUUCAGUAACCUAUUCUUUUCUUCUCUUUGGCUUGAUGACUCAUGCUUCAGUCAAAAAUUUUGUAUUAAUGAUGCACAUUUGUCAGCCGAAUUCGCUCUAACAUGUGUCGCUAGAUGUGAAAAUAUGUCUAUCCAAUCGGUGACAAAUUGUCACUGA